AUGGCAUCGGUCUUGGGGACCAGCAGAGGGUCCGGAGGGCUGAGCAGUCAACUGAAAUGCAAGUCCAAGCGGAGGAGGAGGAGGAGGUCCAAGCGGAAAGACAAAGUGAGCAUGCUGUCCACCUUCAUCGCUUCCUUCAAGCACGUGAGCCCCGGGGCCGCGCACAUGGAGGAUGAGGACAACCUCAGUACCAGCAGCGCUGACGUGAAGGAAAACCGCAACGUGAGCAACCUGGAGGCCAGGCUGCCACCCUCCGGGGACAGGGCCCGAGGGGGCGCACCCGGCCUGAAGAGGAAGCGGCCACUGGAGGAGGGCAACGGCGGCCACCUGUGCCAGCUGCGGCUCCUCUGGAGGAGGCUCUCGUGGUCCGUGGCACCCAAGAACGCACUGGUGCAGCUGCACGAGCUGCGGCCGGGCCUGCAGUUCCGCACGGUGUCGCAGACCGGCCCGGUGCACGCACCCGUCUUCGCUGUGGCCGUGGAUGUGAACGGGCUCACCUUCGAGGGCACCGGGCCCACCAAGAAGAAGGCCAAGAUGCGGGCGGCCGAGCUGGCCCUCCGGUCCUUCGUGCAGCUCCCCAACGCCUGCCAGGCCCACCCGGCCCCAGGCGGCACAGCCCCAGACUUCACCUCCGACCAGGCCGACUUCCCCGACUCCCUGUUUCAGCGGUUCGAGCCCACGGCCCCCAGCGAGGGCUUCCCGGGCCGCCGCCCUGCCGCCCCUGAGCGCCUGUCCACGGCCUGCCGGCGGGGCCGGCUACUGGGCCGCCCGCUGGACCUGGACCUGGACCUGGACCUGGGGGGCCCCGCGGCUCCAGGCGCAGGGAACCCAGUGGUGCUGCUGAACGAGCUGCGCUCGGGCCUGCGCUACGUGUGCCUCUCGGAGCCCGAGAAGAGGCGCGCCCAGAGCUUCGUCAUGGCCGUGAGCGUGGACGGGAGGACAUUCGAAGGCUCAGGACGCAGCAAGAAGCUGGCCAAGGGCCAGGCGGCCCAGGCCGCCCUGCAGGCCCUGUUCGACAUCCGGCUGCCCGGCCACGUCCCCAGCAGGAGUAAAAGUCACCUCCUGCCUCAGGAAUUCGCCGACACGGUGUCCCAGAUGGUCACGCAGAAGUUCCACGAGCUGGCCAUGGGCCUGGCGUCAGCGCACGCCCGCCACAAGGCACUCGCUGGGAUCGUCAUGACCCAAGGUCUGGACGUCAGGCAAGCCCAGGUCGUCGUCCUGGCCUCGGGGACCAAGUGCAUCAGCGGCGAGUACAUCAAUGACCAGGGGCUGGUGGUCAAUGACUGCCAUGCGGAGAUCGUGGCCAGGAGGGCGCUGGUCCACUUCCUAUAUACACAGCUGGAGCUGCACCUGAGCAAGCGGCGCGAGGACAGCGAGCGCUCCAUCUUCGUGCGGCUGCAGGAGGGCGGCUACCGGCUGAGGGAGGAUGUCCUGUUCCACCUCUAUGUGAGCACAUCCCCCUGCGGAGACGCGCGGCUCCACUCACCCUACGAGCUCACCACGGACCUGAGCAGCAGCAAGCACCUGGCCAGGAAGUUCCGGGGGCACCUGCGCACGAAGAUCGAGUCCGGGGAGGGGACAGUGCCCGUGCGUGGCCCAGGCACGGUGCAGACGUGGGACGGCGUCCUGCUGGGCGAGCAGCUGGUCACCAUGUCCUGCACGGACAAGAUCGCCAGGUGGAAUGUGCUGGGCCUGCAGGGGGCGCUGCUCUGCCACUUCAUCGAGCCCGUGUACCUGCACAGCAUUGUGGUGGGGAGCCUGCACCACACCGGCCACCUCUCCCGGGUCAUGAGCCACAGGACCGAGGACAUCGGCCAGCUGCCCACCUCGUACCGGCACAACCGGCCCCUCCUCAGCGGAGUGAGUCAAGCCGAGGCGCGGCAGCCUGGGAAGUCGCCCCACUUCAGCGUGAACUGGGUGGUGGGCACGGCGGACGUGGAGGUCAUCGACGCCACCACCGGGAAGCGGAGCUGCGGCCGCUCGUCCAGGCUCUGCAAGCACAGGCUCUCGGCCCGGUGGGCGCGGCUCUACGGCAAGCUGAGCACACGGAUCCCAAGCCACGGAGACACGCCGUCCAUGUACUGUGAGGCCAAGCUGGGGGCACACACCUACCAGGCUGUCAAACAGCAGCUGUUCAGAGCAUUCCAGAAGGCCGGCCUGGGCACCUGGGUGAGGAAGCCGCCAGAGCAAGACCAGUUCCUACUAAUGCUAUGA